CCCUACUCUCUCACAAAACAAAACAAUGAGCGAGAAAGGACCGUUCUUUUAUACCUCAAUUGAAACAACCACCACACCACAUUACAUAUCCUAUAGUGUGUUUUGACGUGUAGCACUGAAUACCGUUCGAUUGCAACUAGCCUCUUUCUUUGAAGAUGGCGCGAAAGCAUGCAUUCUGUUUAGUCUUUGCAUGUCGGAUCUAAACCUGGAGAAAUGUCGAUGUUCGCCGGAAUGAAUAGCGUUUGAAUAGCUCAGGCCUCAUCCUGAGCACUGUCAGGUCAGCCUCUAGGGGUCGCUGACGGGACCGGACCCCAGCUGCACCCACCAUGACUCCCAGGUCCUCCACCAUGACCCCGACCAUAAAGCAGUGGAGACAGCUGGUCCUGGUUGCGAUGCUGGCCUGGCUCCUCAUCUUCCUGGCCCUGCUCUCCUACUUCCUGGAACCCCAGGCCGUGGAGCCCCGCUCGCCCUCCUCGCUCACCCACACCGAGACCCGCCGUCUGGCCUCCAUCCAGGGUAGUCCGUGGGGCAUCAGGGCUUCUCCUCUCGAGGUGUCAUCCUCCUCUUCCCCCACCAACAAGGACCCCAGGAGGAUGUACAGGGCUGAGCAGCGGGGCAGAGACCACUACUACUACUCCCAGUCCAAGACAGUGGUCCAGCGGCUGCGGAGGGGCAAUGCCUCAGCGGGGAUGCUCUCUCCAUACCUGCAGAAUGCCAUGAGGGAAUACCUGAAUCUCAACAGGUACCACGUGGUCUACAGGGGGCUGCGCAGGGGUAGGCAGAGCGGGAUAGAGGUUCUCUGUGAACUGAACAAGCAGGCCAGGUUGAGGACACUGGACGGGACAGAGCAACCCUUUUCUGGGCUGGGCUGGGACAGGCUAGUGCCCCCACGACCUCUGGAGCAGCUUUGGGGCCAGGGGUCAAAGUUCAAGUCGUGUGCGGUGGUCACCUCGGCCGGGGCUAUCCUCAACUCUUCCCUAGGGAGAGAAAUUGAUUCCCAUGAGGCUGUGCUUCGCUUCAACGCUGCUCCUACAGAGGGCUAUGAGAAUGACGUGGGCAACAAGACCACCAUCCGCAUCAUCAACUCUCAGAUCCUGGCCCAGCCCAGGCAUCGCUUCAACACAAGCUCCUUGUAUAAGGGUAUGACACUGGUGGCCUGGGAUCCUGCACCGUACUCUGUGGACCUGCCCAGGUGGUACAGGAACCCAGACUAUGACCUGUUCAACCCGUACGAAGAGCGCCGGCGGCUCCACCCCACCCAACCUUUCUACAUCCUCCACCCCAAGUUCAUCUGGCAGCUGUGGGACGUGAUCCAGGGGAACACCCAGGAGAACAUCCAACCUAACCCCCCAUCCUCUGGGUUCAUAGGCAUCGUCCUGAUGAUGUCGCUGUGCGAGGAGGUCCAUGUCUAUGAGUACAUCCCCUCUCUGCGUCAGACAGACCUGUGUCACUACCACGAGCGCUAUAGCGACGCCGCCUGCACCCUUGGGGCCUACCAUCCCCUGCUCUUUGAGAAGCUACUGGUCCAGAGGAUGAACAGCGGCUCCCAGCAUGACCUCAAGACCAAGGGCAAGGUCACGCUGCCGGGGUUCAGCACUGUCAACUGUGGGCCAUGACCCCUGACCUAUGGCCAUCAAGAGACGGAGAGUGCCGAUACUAAUCAAGCGACUGAAGAGGCAAAGUUAAGUCAGUGCUGUCGUCUGUGGGCCAUGAUCUGGUGUUUGACCUUUGACCUAUGACCUGGACCGCUCUCUGGCAAAUCAGGAUGAAAGUGAAGAAGAGGAGAGUGGUGCCGAUACUAAUCAAUCUUAGGCUGUAGAGGCUAAGCUAGCGUGUUUCAUGUCUCACACAAUGGUUAUCCUCGAGAACUACCUUUGUCACAAUGGAUAGUCAACAACUGAAGCUGCUCUCGCCAUCAGGUUCGGAGACCAGAGACUAUGUCAGGGUGUUGAACUGAUAGUUGUUUCACAAGCUGUUUAAACAUAAAAAUAAGUGAAAUAGUGUUUCCAAUUAAUUAAAGGCCGAACUCUGAAGUGACGCCUGCAGAGGAAUGUAUUUGUUUUCGCUGAGGCUGGAAAAAGAUAGCAAUAGUCAACCUUGUUGUAAGGAGGGGGGCGUUUAGGGCAUGUGGAUGUCAUGUUGUAUUGUGUAAUGAAUUAGUCCUUCAGGGAUAUAUGUAUUCCUACUGGAGAGAGAGGUCAUCUUUUUAAGGUAUUGUUCUAAACUUGUGACACACUGUUGUACAUGGGAGCGGUCUGGGUAUGAAUGUGGAAAAGUGAUCUAUAGAUUCAACUAAUGAGAUGCAUUUUCAUGUACAGGUACAUUUAAGCAGUUCAAAAAGCAUAUUGUAUUCCUUUGGUUUAAAAUAUUGCAGACCUUAUGGGAUCAAUUCAGGGAUAGUAGUGUAUGUAGGUCUAUGGGGAAAACAACCACUUUUCUUUUCACUUUUUUAGCAUGGACCAGUCUCAACCUAACCCCUGAUCUGUGUGUGUAAGGAACUUUCUUAUCGGUGUUCUCAUGGUUCUCGAUGUACGUAUGCUAUUUAAAGUUACUGCACCUGGACGACCAGAUGGUAAAACUGACAACAGUUACUUUUCCUGGCCUUGACAUUGUUCUACAGCCACACUGUGUAAACAGAAUGUAAAUGUGGUUUGCCUAUAGAAGUCUGGUCAAGUGUAAUGCAGUGACUGCAGCUAUGAAUAGUUUUUGAAGCACAUUAAUGAAUUGUGUUGCCUUUGCUAAUGGUGAUAUAGAUCUGUGCCAAAUGUUCCCUGUGUGAAGUUAACUGUUCGUUAACACUAAGUCUUCUAGGCGUUAACCACUACAAAAGCAAAGCAGAGGCCUCAGCUUGGAAAUAUAAAUGGACAAAAUGUCCUUUAAGAUGAUUCAUUUGUUUGUGUACAUUGUGAAUGGAAUGCAAAAAAAAGACAGCAAUAGAAAUGUCAUUUUCCUUUUGAAUGAUUUUUUUGAGAAGUGUUAGUUGAUCUACUGUUGAGGGUUAACACUAUAAUAUUCACACCUUUGGGAUCUUUAAACAAAAAUAAAUGUGUUUUUACAGAUCAUUUUCUGUAGACAGAAUGAGUUUGUACUGAACAUAAUAAUUUGUUCGUUUGUAUAAAUUUUUUAUUUCUUUUCCAUUGUUUUCUACUUAAUCUGUUGUGAAUAAAGAUAUUGUACAUGC